CUCCUACUCUAGUAACUCCCAUAACUGCACCCAAACUCUUUUUUUUUGGACUUUCACCACGUAGAUCCCAUCCCCUUCCCUCCACAACAAUCCCAGUCCGAGUCGCUGAGGGCGAAAAAGAGGAAAGAAGAAGCAAAGUCCCAGCCUGGCGCUCACUUUCUCUACACUCCCUCGAUCGACGUUGACACAAACGGUGCCGCCCUCUCGCUCAACGUCCCCCCGUCGACCCCCUGCCGGCCCUGACGCGCCUCACUCUCGAUACCAAGACAGUGACGCAAUACGAGCUCAACUGCCGCCGCCGACGUUGCCCUGCACGCACGUCCUGUUCCCCCCGCCGCCGCGCUCACCUUUGCCAGGGCGCCCCUCCCCGAGGGAGCAAGCACUUCAAAGCAGCCUACACGAUUUAGCCAGCCUGCAGCACCACCGCGUCGGAAUCUGCGAUCGCCGGGCCGGUUCGCAGUCUGUUUGCUUUACGCCCCCACGCAGACCGGCAGUUAUGCUGGGGUCAAACGCGCCGAAACACGAUGGCGACGACGUAUAUCCACGAUCCCCAGAGCGAGGGAGAAGAGGCAACACCCCCGAGUACGCAGACCACGAUACGAAUACCCUCACACAUACCAAUAGUCUCAACCUACCGAAGAACCGCAGCACCAACAACCUCCUCUCCCAGGGCACUGCGAACAAGGACAAGGGCAGGAUACGCUUUUCCUUCGAUGGUGGGGCCCGCGACUACGAUACCCUUUCCAGGUCUUCCGUUAUGACAGACCAUGAGCACGGCCUAGGUGCCUCGGGCCUAAGACGAAUUCGCCAGCAACCUCCUUCCCGAAUUGCAACUAUAUCCUCUGCGAGCUCCUCUCGGGCUCCCUCGGUGGGGCCACGGACUGCACCGAUUAUCACUACGACGCACUCAGAGUCUCGAAAGAGCUCGUAUGGUGCCCUGUCGACUGCCCCAUCUUCGCCAACGAUGAACUUCACGGAAGAUCUUACGAGAUUCCCCUCGGAGUCGCUACACUCCUUCUCCUUCGCCCACCAGGCGACCGAAGAUUUUAUGCACAACCGCCAGAAUGUGCUGAAGAGGUCGAUAGAGUUUAUGACAAAAUCUAUAAGUCGACAUGGAGGAUCUCAGGUUUCGCUUGCCAGCGUGACACCGCGCACACUGGGGGACCAGGAUUCCCAGGGCGGGUUAGACUCUGAAGCAAGGGCGAAGGCUCCGAGGUCAGAUGAGGCGGGAGAGAUGAAUGGGUUUGGUUUCACGGGCGGACUGGUGUCAAGUCCCUCGCCUCAGUUAGAUAGCGACAAUGUGUUUGAAAAGAGCUAUGGUCAGCGCUCAGAGAGUCCAGAUGAGAUGGCUCCCUUGUCGCCAACACACUCGAGGAGGUCCCAGCAGGAGGUCAGCGCUGUGGCACCGUCGGACGGAUAUUCGGACGUACUUUCGAGGACGACUACCGGCGAAAGCUUUUCGACGGAUGUCUUUACCGCGCCAGCACCUGUUAGACCUGGCUACCUGCGAUCAUUCACCGACACAACUCCAUCGAGGUUACGAAGCACUGUGGUUGACGCCAUGGUCCAGCAGCCGUACCUUGCAAACGACAAAUAUGGCAAUGGAAGGAUGCUCUCGCCACCCCUACCCCAAGGCGCUUUUAAUGCCCCUCAGCAGCCGCCAUUGAUUUCACCUUAUCCCGAUGCACAGCAGCGGUCUCAUUACGGAAUUUCACCGACGUACGGAUUAAGCGAAUCUCACGUUGGCGGCGCUGUCCAUGGUCAUUCAAAUCGAUGGACGCCAGCGGCUCAAGCCAUCUUCACCACCCAGUCUCAGGCGCCAUGGACGAUUCUGGCUGCAAACGAUCUCGCCUGCCUUGUUUUUGGGGUUACGAAUGCAGAGGUCAGGAAGAUGGGCAUUAUGGAGGUGGUUAGAGAGGAGCGUAGGGCUUGGCUAGAGGAGAAGUUGGCGCAGCCGGGAUCAGAAGCAGAGCAUAAGAAUCGGCAGGCGUCUAAUGCAAACAACCAGCAGGAUAGCCCGAGGUCAACUACGUCAUUUUUGCUGGGGAGAGGUGGCAUUACGGCGGCACUACUGAACAAACCUUCAUCUAGACAGGUUAAAGAGAGCCGAAGGACUCAGACAGAUGAUGGUGCCGGAUCAUCCGUCGCUGCUGCUCGGAAGCAGGCGGGUAACAUUAGGCUCAACCACGCGAACAACAAGUCCAGAGGUGUCCUACUAUGUGGCGAUGUCGUUCCCAUCCAGAAGCGGAACGGCCACACCGGAUCUGCCAGUCUGUGGGUCAAAGAGAAGAAGGGCGGCUUGAUCUGGGUCCUAGAAGAAAUCCACGAAGACGUCGCCAUCCUCCGCGUAGACAGCGACGGAGUAGUGACCGGAGUUGAAGGCCUCUCCGUGCCAAUAUGGGGCGAAUCGCUAGCGCAGCCAGGCGUCGACAUUGGGACUCUCAUCCCCCGGAUACCCCGGCAGGGCAUCAAUCCCAGGACCGGCGCACUAGACUAUGCCGAGGUCACCAAGCAGCGGUUUUUCACAGCGCGAAACAACAAUUCCGCGAACGUUCCGGUGGCGAUUGAGAGGGUGCCUGGUGGCACGGAUCUUCGGGUCUCGAGCUUCCCACAUAUCGCGGGAAUCGUCGUGCUGUCCGCCGAUACGCUACAGAUCACUAGCGCUAACUCUGUCUUCUGCGCUGCGCUGUUUGGCCAGGAUCACCCGGAUCGCUUGCACAUCACUGACUUGAUCCCGGGCUUCGAUCGCAUCCUGAAGAUCCUCACCGAGGACGAUAAUAUCCAGCUAGUCGACGGCAGCGUGGUGCCUGAGCAGAGUUUCCGCCGCGCUCGGGCAUUUGCCGCGCUGCAAGACGGAAAAGGCGACGCGGCAGCGUAUUUCCUGCGACCUGAUGGUAUCGCAGCGAAACAUCGCGAUGGCUCAGAGAUCAAAAUUGACCUGCAGAUGCGCGUCGUGAAGAGCGAGAAGCAGACCCAGAUAGACGAGCACGUGAUCCUCGAGGAAGGGGAAGAGUAUAUCCGGCGCUCGGAAGUCGUUUACGCGGUCUGGAUCACGUACUCGCGACAUGUCCACGCGGGUCAGCAGGCAGCGUCCAGUGCGACGACGCCAAGGCUGAGCGACACCUCGUCGCCGCUGCACCAGCCGUCGCCGGGACAGACUCAGGUUUCCUCGCCUGUCGAUAUGGAUUCCUCUGAUGAACCGGUGAGGGAGACUUCGCACGCCUCAAGUCUGGCGCAGCAGCUUAAGGAGGCGGCGAGGAAGACUACGGAUAAACUCAUUAGUCGCACUUCUACCGCUUCCCCGCCUAGCACGGCUGUGGCGCCGCCCCCGCCCUCUGCGCGCCCGGUGAAGAAAACUAUCAACGACUUCGUUAUCCUGGAAGAUAUGGGACAGGGCGCGUACGGGCAGGUUAAGCUAGCGAGGAAUAAACACACCAACGCCAAAGUCGUCCUCAAAUUCGUCACCAAACGCCGCAUCCUCGUCGACACCUGGACGCGUGACCGCCGUCUCGGCACCGUCCCGCUGGAGAUCCACGUCCUCGACUACCUGCGCCGCAACGGCCUCUCCCACCCCAACAUAGUAGCGAUGCACGAUUUCUUCGAGGACGACGUGAACUACUACAUUGAGAUGCUUCCCCACGGGCUGCCGGGCAUGGAUCUGUUCGAUUACAUUGAGUUGCGGGUGAAUAUGGAGGAGGCGGAGUGUCGGGGGAUUUUUGCGCAGGUGGCGAGGGCGGUGGGGCAUCUGCAUGGGACGGCGGCGGUGGUGCAUAGGGAUAUUAAGGAUGAGAAUGUGGUGUUGGAUGGGGAGGGGACGGUGAGGUUAAUUGAUUUUGGGAGUGCGGCGUAUAUCAAAAAUGGGCCGUUUGAUGUUUUUGUGGGGACGAUUGACUACGCAGCCCCCGAAGUCCUAGCCGGCCGACCAUACGGCGGCAAAGAGCAAGACGUCUGGGCUCUCGGCAUCCUGCUGUACACCAUCAUAUACAAGGAGAACCCCUUCUACAGCAUCGACGAGAUCAUGGACCGCGAUCUGCGCGUGCCGUAUGUGAUGAGCGAGCCGAGCAUCGAUUUGAUCCGCAAGAUGCUGGAUAGAGAUGUCGCGAAGAGGGUGAAGAUUGAGCAGGUGCUGGAGCAUCCUUGGUUGGAAGAGGAGGAAGGUGGGGGGUGA